UUGUUGACCGCGGAAGGAUGUGAGUUGCACAGCGGCCCAUGAUACUACCACACGUGUGCCCCCCUCCCCACCUUUAUCGGCCACCAUUGCUGUUUCACGGGCCUUUGUUCUCGCCAGUCGGCGUCUCAUAAAUUCGGUUCUAACCCUGCAGGUCUCAAGACAGGUCUCUAAGAUGUCUCAGCCCAACAAGAAGCUGCGGGAAGACGGAGACGGGAAGCACAUAGGCACCCACGACGGCACGUUCCAUUGUGACGAGGCUCUGGCCUGCUACCUGCUGAGGAAACUCCCGCGUUACCGCGACUACGAGAUCGUCCGCUCCCGCAAACCCGACGUGCUGGCCACCUGCGAUAUCGUGGUGGAUGUCGGCGGACAAUACGACCCGGCCACACACAGAUAUGACCACCACCAGCGGACGUUUAACGAGACGAUGAACAGCCUUGCACCGGAGAAGCCAUGGGUGACCAAGCUGAGCAGUGCGGGGCUGGUGUAUCUGCACUUCGGACAGGAGAUCAUCGCUCACAUGCUCGGGGACGGGGCAGACAAGAAACUCUGCAACGUUGUGUACAACAAGGUCUACCAGAACCUGAUUGAGGAGAUAGACGCAAUCGACAACGGGGUUUCGCAGUUCGACGGCACCCCGCGGUACCUGAUGACCACAAACCUGAGCGCCCGCGUGGGGCGGCUGAACCCGGCCUGGAACGAGGCAGACCAGGACACGACAGAACGGUUCCACAAGGCCAUGGCCAUGGUCGGGGAAGAGUUCGAGGAUCGCGUGCGGUACUACAGCCAGGCCUGGUGGCCGGGCAGGAAACUGGUGCGAGAUGCGCUGGAGGCGAGACACGGCGUGGACCCAAGCGGACAGGUGAUCGUGAUGGAACAGGUGUGUCCGUGGAAGGAGCACCUGUUCGAGCUGGAGCAGGAGAUGCAGGUGGAGCCGUCCAUCAAGUACGUGCUGUACGCGGACCAGAACGGGAACUGGCGCGUGCAGUGUGUUCCCAUGGAAACGCAGUCCUUCCAGAGCCGGCUGCCCCUCCCCGAGGACUGGCGAGGAGUCAGGGACGACGAUCUGAGCAAACUCAGCGGGAUCGACGGCUGCGUGUUCGUGCACGCUUCCGGGUUCAUCGGCGGGAACAAGACAAGACAGGGGGCGCUUCUCAUGGCACAGAGGGCGCUACAAAUGUAGCAAAACUGUUACCAGAGCGCUACAAAGGGCAAAGUAGAGAAACUGUUUACCACAAACAAACAAACAAACUCAGCGGGAUCGACAGGUGCGUUUUCGUGCACGCUUCCGGGUUCAUCGGGGGGAACAAGACAAGACGGGGUGCUUCAAAUGGCACAGAGAGCGCUACAAAGGGCUAAGUAGCAAAACUUUACCACAGACAAAUAAACAAACAGACGGAGCAAAAUCAACAGCUGUGUGUUUGUACAUGCCUCCGGAUUCAUUGGGGGGACAAGACGAAGGAAGGAGUCUUCCAAACAUACAGACUUUCCAUGGCACAUAAAGCACUACGGAUGUCCAAGUAGAGUCUAUUCAAAGUCACCGAUAGGGUUUUUUAAAUAAUAUUUGUGAUAAGUAUGAAAUAUUUCAAAUAAAAGAGUAUUUCAGUCACAGUAGUUCAGAAUUGUUCUUACAAUUAAGAAUAAAAGUUUGAACAUAUUUUGGACUAUAUAUGUUGAGAACAUUUUGAAAGUAAUAGCAUAAAUAUCUUUUUAUUUAGAACAAAUUUAAAACAUAAGAGAGCUUGUGUUAAUGUAUGGGUCACAACACCAGCAAUCGCUGCCCGUGACCUACGUGUAAUAUUGUAUUGUCUACAAUCUGAAUAAAGUCAAAGU